GUGUCGUGCUGGCGAUUUGCAGCUGCCGAAAAGCAACCAGGAAAGCAUGGCUCUCUCAUGUCACCGAAAACAAGAGUUCUAGAUACGAAAACACACAUCUAAUGAGGUUCUGGAUACAUAUUAAGCACAGUUUUACUCACAGAGGCAUAAAGCCGCGGCAAGAAGACAAUGGCGCUGUACAUGAAGGCUGCAGAGAUCCUGGAUAAAGUGGAGCAGAAGAAGGGAGCAGUGAAAACUCUGGUUUACGACAGUAAAUUCCAGAACAUCAAACAGCUUUUUGCCCUCGUGUGUGAGACUCAGAAGUAUUCAUCAGUGCUUCAGGAGAUCAUCGAGAGCACCAGGCUUCUGAAGGAGACCAAACUCCGACUAAAUUUAGCAAAGGUUUUGGUCUACGACUUGCUCUUUGGUCGAGGAGUAAAAUGCGGAGGAUCAUGGAAGGCCAUGAUGGCGAAGCAUCGCUCCAGACUCCAGGCUGCUUUGGCUCGAAUUAAAGUCAAGCAGAAAGUGAGCCGAAAUGAGGACCUGCUCCCUCCCAGUGUGCAGAACAAGAAAGCCCACAAUAUUCCACGUUAUGUUCGUGUCAACACACUGAAGACGACUGUCGAGGAUGUCAUUGACUACCUGAAGAGAGAGGGGUAUUCAUAUCAAGGGACAGCAAGACGGAUCGAGGAUCUGUGCCAACUCUCUGGGAAGAUGUUUGUGGGUGACCUGCACCUCAGAGAUCUUCUGGUGUUCAGUGCAAAGAUGGACUUCCACAAUCAUUACCUGUAUAAGGCAGGCCACCUUAUUUUGCAAGACAAGGCCAGCUGUCUACCUGCGUACCUCCUGGACCCCCCAGUUGGAGGUCAUGUCAUUGAUGCUUGUGCAGCUCCUGGGAACAAAACCAGCCACCUGGCAGCCAUCAUGAAAAACAAGGGGAAGCUGUUUGCUUUCGACCUCGAUGCAAAGCGCCUGUCCACCAUGAGCACCCUUCUCCUCCGUGCUGGGGUCACAUGUCACCAGCUGGCCAAUCAGGAUUUUCUCAAGGUUGAUCCGCUCGCCCCAGAGUACAAGGAAGUGAAGCACAUCCUUCUCGAUCCAUCAUGCAGUGGAUCAGGAAUGGUGUGCCUGUCUGAUGGAGGCUCAGAGGAGCAGGACGGUGAGCGUCUGCAGGCGCUGGCUGCAUUUCAGCUGCGCUGUCUGAACCACGCCCUGCAGUUCCCUCAGCUCCAGCGUGUGGUCUACUCCACCUGCUCCAUCCACUCCCAGGAGAACGAGGAGGUUGUGUCUGCUUGCCUUGAGAAAAACCCUGGAUUCAGAUUAGUGCAUCUCUUUCCUGAGUGGCCUGAGCGGGGUCACGUCCCGCUGACCCAGUGUCUGCGAGCCAGCACUACGGAAACCCUCACUCAUGGCUUCUUUGUGGCGAUGCUGGAAAGGCAGACGACUCCAAGCAGCGGAGAAAGCCUUAAUAUAGCGCCAUCUGCCAUGGAUUUGGACACAAGUGCACCUACUGGUGGUGAGGAGCAGCAAACGCAGCGACCCAGCAGUGAGAUCUCUGUGGAACAACCUCAACAUUUCACCACGAAGAAAAAGAAGAGGAACCGAAAGAAACACAGAAAGCAGGAAUCUUAAAAAUUCUGUUUUCCAUUUAUCAUACUAUUUGUAAUGUAUGGUGUGUUUUAUGUUACAUAAAGCCAUGUGUGACUAUG